AUGGCGAAAAAAUUUUCUUUAUUUUUUUUGGUCUUGACUAUUGUUCGUGGUGUGAUCAGCGGGCCAUGUUCACAAGGUGAUGGAUUCCACGUCAUCGGUUGCAAUUCGACAUAUAUUCAAUGUCUUGAUGUGAGUCUUUUGUGAAAUUUUUUGAAAUUGUAAUGUAAAAUAUAAUGAUUUUCAGGGAGUUGAAUUUGAGCACAAUUGUCCAUCUGGAUUGUACUUUGAUCAGGCUUCAUCUCGUUGUGAUCGCAGAUACAAAAUAUCAUCGUGCAGUUCUUUUUCUGCUGCUUUGAUUCCACCAAGUGAAGAAGUCGAUCAGAUUGAACAUGGAAUUGAUUGCAAGCUUCGCCCGAAUGCUACAAUCAUCAAAUAUACAUGUUUGUCAACCUUUUUUCAAUGUUCUGACGGGAAAUUGUUCAAAAAACAAUGUCCAAGUGUGAGUUCUUAAGAUUUCUAGAUUUCAGCCUGAAACUUUUUUUAUUUCAGGGAUUUGUCUACAACAUUGAGAAAAGAUUCUGUGAUUUCCCAGCUAGAAGCUGCCAUGACAAAACCAGAGAUGUUUUAUUGGUUGGAUCCGAUGUUAAAACAACGCCAGAUCCAGUAACACUAGCUAAAAAACAGUGAGUUUUUUCCAAAAAAUUUCAAAAAUUCAAAAAAAUUUUUAAAUUUUUGCAGAAAGACCUGCGGUUCCCUUUCAACUGGCAAUCAUGCAAUUGCACUUUGUUCAACCGAAUAUUUGAAUUGCUGGAAUGAUCAACUCACCAAAAUGACAUGUCCAGAAAGUCUUGUCUACAUGCCUUUGUAUGGACGAUGCGAUUAUCCAUUGGUCGUUUUAUGUAAUCAAACUUCAAUUGCGAAUAAAUCGAUAAAUUGA